UGAAGAAGAAACGGAAGGAAACCACAGGAUUACCAGGUAGACUAACAUUGUAAUACGUUUUCACAGAUGAAGCGAAGUAUCAACAUCUGAAAUAUCAUCAUGGUAAGUUGUGCAUAUGACAGUGUCUCUGGACCAUAAAUGCUCCAAUAGUGGAGUCUGAAUGGCCAGAACCUGGGUGAUAUGUUAAACCCAGGUCAGGCCAGUGGCAUGGGUUUCUUUGAUACUACAUCUAGUGGGAAGAAUUGUUACUUAUUUAUCAAUGGGAAUAAGGAAAUCAUAUCCUCCAUUUUGUCUGUUGCAUUUCUUGUUUGCAAUUGUUUUGAACCUUAUGUUAUUGAAGAUGAAUUAAAGCUGAUGCUACGUGGGGCAGAGUUGAGUGGAGCAAUAGAGGAGGAAGAGCAGAAUAUGAUUGAAACCGUGUUAGAGAUAAAGGAUACUCAUGUUAGAGAGGCCAUGACACCCCUUGUUGAUGUGGUUGCAAUUGAUGCAAGUGCAACUCUUGUUGAUUUUCACCAUCUCUGGGUGACUCACCAAUAUUCAAGGGUACCUGUUUUUGAGCAGCGUGUUGACGAUAUAGUUGGCAUUGCAUAUGCAAUGGAUCUACUUGAUUUUGUUUGGAAGAUUUGUAAUCACUUUAAUUUUUAUUUCUUUUUUUGGGAACUGGUGAAGGGUGAGCAACUUGAAAGUUCUACUAUGGGAGAAAUGGCUCACAAACUGGCCUACUUUGUGCCUGAUUCAAUGUCAGUCUGGAAUCUUCUUAGAGAGUUCGGAAUCAGGAAGGUUCACAUGGCUGUUCUUAAUGAAUAUGGUGGAACUGUUGGGAUCUGUGCAAAGCCUCUUAUUGAAACUUUACCUAAACAGAAUCAUCCAUUGUGUUGAGGUCUCAUAUCAAUUAGCAUUACAAGGUUGAGCUCUGCCUGAUUCUGAAAUGGUAUUAGCUGCAAAUGCUUGGUGCUGUUUGUUUUGAGCAGAUAAACAAUGGGGAAGCAAUGUCAGAGACCAAAGAAAUAACUCAAUUGAUUCCCAAAAUCAUGAGGAGGAAAGGGAACGGUGACAAAUUGGAUAACAUUAUCUAUGUUGAGAAUGCAUUUCAAAAUUAAAAUCAGAACUUAUUU